AUAUAAACUGGAUUUCAAAAUGAGGUUGAUUCACACCAAGAAAUAUCUGUUCACGUACAUGGUGCAAGUAAUGGUUUUGCAAGAAGUCGACAGAUUUGCAUAUGGCUUUGUGAUUCCUUGCAAAGACUCUCUUGCCACAGUUACAAGAGUAUGGUCCUGUCCAAAUAAUGCAUCAGAACUACGAAAAGCUGCUGAAAGAAAGAGAUGUCACGAUAUAAAGCAUACCUGCAAGUCUUUUGAGUAUCACUGUGUAAUUAACGAUUGGAUGAAUGAAACAAUAGAAGUAUGCGCUCCAUCUUUACUUAUUAUUGGUGGAAGGUGUGCUGAAUUCAACACGGAUAAAGCAAGCAUUCGUGGCAACUUUUUGACAGAUUGCAAAUCAUCUACCCCUCCAUGUCCGGUAUCCUACAACUCGACAACAUCAUAUAAAUAUUUUGGUUGUUUCUCUAACAUAAUAAAAGAAAGAGUUACUACCCUUCGUGCAGUGAUUUCAUCAAAAAAUAUGCAGGAAACCUCAACAACAAAUACAAUUGAUAGGAUCCAUAAGCCCUCAAAUGACAGAAGUACUAUUAUCAUAAGUGUAAUAGUUCCUACCCUAGGCCUGCUCGUAUCUGGGAUUAUAUGUACACUUUAUUGUGUUAGAAAACAAAAAUGCAGGUGUUCACUGUGUGCAAGAAAAGGUUCAAACAGGAGACAAGACAUGGAUCAGGACAUGGAAAUAGGCCAGGAAAUGGGAUUGCAUAUAGGUGAUUGAUGUUAUUUUGAUUCUUAAAAAAACUAUUUCUGUUCCAAAGUAUAAUGUUAAUAUGAUUAUACAUUUUCAGUAAAUAAUUUUACCUUUUCAUUCAAAAAGGUUACCAUAAAACGUGCUAUUUCAUUAAUCACUUUGUAUGUUUAUGAAAUAUAUGAAGAUAUAAAAAGUAAAGAUUAAAAUUUUGAUGAUAUUUUGUUGUUAGAUAAAAAGGAGUAAUGCGUAGCUAUUUCUUAGAUUAAGUCCAUUGAGUUUGUUCCUUGUUGAUGAUGUACCGUUUUGUUCUCAUUCCUUUAUCAAGUCAUUGCACCUCAAUUUUCAUUUUUUUUGUAGAAUUGCAUUUAUAGUUAGAUUUGUUUUUGUAUUGCUCAUUACAUGAAGCUAAUCUUUCAAUUUUGUAUUACCUUAUUUUUCAUUUUAUUGAUAUAGUUUGUGAAGCUGUUGUAGAGCAACCAUGUGGUCGUUUGUAAAUAUUUUUUUCUCUUACGGGCUGUGAAAAUUCUUUUUUAUCAUUGUGUUUACUUAUUAAGUCAAUGUUCGAUGAAAACGAUGGAAACUGUGUUCAUUUUACUUAUCAAUUAGUUUUGAUAGUGCUUGUAAAAUCAAAUUUGUUCAUUUUACUAAUCAAUUAACUUUGAUAACUUACUUGUAAAAUCAAAUUUGUUCAUUUUACUAAUCAAUUAACUAUGAUAACU